AUGCAAACCAAGAUGGGACGAGCUUCUCAAAUUGGACUGCGAAACUAUUAUAUUCUCCACGGUAGCUUUCAACGGUUUGGCUUCUUUACCCGAGGAGGUAUUUUCCUGGAUUGUCCAGAACCUUCAGAAUUAUGUGGAGAACAGAGCAUUUCCUCGUCAUUGGAUUCUACGAGAUCAAAUUCGGAAAGUCUUGUCAAAUAUCCGGAGGGAAGAUCUUACAAAGCCUUUCCUUGCAACGCAGUGGAAAUGAAGUCGUAUGAAACCACAGCCGUAUCCGCUGGGAAAGUGGACUGUACCCUCUCAUUGUUGGAGGAUGCUGGCGACAAACGUCGACUUUCAGGUGAAGAAAAUACAGAGCCCACAUCUAUUAGUACUACAAGAAAGCGUCCUCGGAUUCAGGAAUAUACAGAGAAAAGGAAUCCACGAUUCCAACAUGUGACAAUGAAUCAAAUAUCGCCCUUAAGUGAAAGAAGAGGUAAGAAAAACGCUGAAAAAAUAUGCACAGACUAA